UCUACGUUGCUGAACGGAGCUGAGAGACGCCAUUACAGGGAGGAGUAUCUCUACUGUAAACAUUAAAUCAGAAGGAUUGUAAUCUGUAAUUUAAAGAGACACAGAUUUGGUGAGUCUUGCUGUUUAAAGAUAUUCACAUAUCAGAGCAAAUGGCUGAGAAAACCGCUCUUUUUGAAGGUUUCCUGAACUGCCAUGUUUGUUCAGAGACGUUCAGAGAUCCUGUGUCUCUGAGCUGCAACCACAGCUUCUGUUCAAGCUGCCUGCAACUAUUCUGGAAACAAGUUGAAAACAAAAACUGUCCCAUUUGUAAAAGAAAGUCCUCAACGGAUGAACCAGCAGUGAACUUAACACUGAAGGGACUGGCUGACUCGUUUGCUGAGAGACAGAAUAAUGGUUCACCUGAGACGGACCAAGAAAAGGAGAAAGAGGAGGUCGUGUGUGAAAAACAUCCAGAAGUUCCUUAUUGGUUCUGUGAGGACGAGCAGAAAGCUGUGUGUCCUGUCUGUGAGUUUUCUCUCCACCAGAGUCACAAGGUGGUUCCUAUAGAACAAGCAGUCAGUGACCUGAAGGACCAGCUGAGAUCUGACUUAGAGUCUCUGCAGGACAAGAGGGACAAACACAAACAAGUGGAGGAAACAUGCAAUGAAAUGAUUCAACACUCCAAGAAGCAGCUGUUGUCCACAGAGAGGCAGAUCAGAGCAGAGUUCAACAAGCUCCACCAGGUCCUGAAAGAGGAAGAGGAGUCCAGACUGGCAGCUCUGAGGGAGGAAGAGGAGCGGAAGGGGAAGACUAUCAGCAGAGAGAUGAAGAUGAUUCAGGAGCAGAUCUCCUCUCUGUCAGACAGCAUCUCUGCUGUUGAAGAAGACCUGCAGAAACACAACGUGUCAUUCCUCAGCAGUUAUAAACCCACUCAGACCAGAGCCAGAGUCCAGACCUCACUGUCAGAUCCACAGCUGGUCUCAGGAGCGCUGAUAGAUGUAGCCAAACACCUGGGCAACCUGUCCUUCAGAGUCUGGGAGAAGAUGAAGGACAAGGUCCACUUCAGUCCUGUUAUUCUGGACCCAAAGACUGCAAACCCCUUUCUCUAUAUGUCUGAUGAUCUGACCAGUGUGAGACAUGGAGACACAAACCAGAAGCUUCCUGACAAUCCAGAGAGAUUCACUGAGUAUGUCAUUGUUCUGGGCUCUGAGGGCUUCAGCUCAGGGAAACACAGCUGGGAGGUGGAGGUGGGAGACCAUCCUAACUGGGUUGUUGGUUUGGCUAAAGAGUCAGUUGACAGGAAGGGAAAGAUAUUUGUUUCACCACAAUAUGGAGUCUGGUGUUUAGUUCAUGACAGUGGAAAAUACAAUAAUGGAUCUGGUCAGACUGUCAUAGUGAAGAAGAGUCUCCAGAGGAUCAGAGUCCAGCUGGACUAUGACAUGGGGGACGUGUCCUUCUACGACCCUGAAGACACGACUCAGAUCUGCACUCACAGAGACACUUUCACUGAGAAACUCUUCCCAUUCUUCAGUAUUGGAAAGUCUGGUGAUGCUAAAACUGCUGAUAUCAAAAUGUGUCAAACUGAUAUUUCUCUGUGAUGUUCAGGGAGGGUGGUGAGGUCUCAGUGAAUUAUCAGGAUUUUUAUAAUGGUGGUGUUUUUGUUAAUAACAGACUAUUCCAGUUAGUUCUUUAAUUUGAUAAUACAUGAAGAAAAUGUAGAGUUAAAGAAACAUAAGAUUUGAGUUUGUGAUGUAAAUAUGCUGAAAGAACUGGGACCAGUAGAUUUCAUGGGAUCAUUUUAUUUUCACGCUUAUACAGAUUUAUUUUUAUUUCUAAGAAUGAACAAGUUUGUUUCCUUUUUUAAAUUUAAUUUCAAAUAGUCUUUAAAUUUAUCAUUACCAUGUUUAUUUUUUACAUUUUAGAAUUAUUUUUCAUCUUGUAAUCAUGAAAUCUUUGUUUCAGUAAAUAACUUUCUCAAAAUGCAUCAAUAUAAAAUCAUUCAGAUUAAUAAAUAAUUCCUUUUCAUAAAAUGACAUUUUUACUGUUCAGAAUGGACCAAACAGUGAAUGUUGAUGUAAUAAUUAACCUGUUAUUUACUAUAUGUGACUGUUGAUAUAUUUUACAUUGUAACAGUUCUAUCUAUAUGAUUAAACGUAGUCUCCUUCCUCAUUUUUGUUUCUUUAAAUGUCAAAUUCUGCAGAAAUUGCUUGAUAAUGUUUAUACUUCUUCAAUGUUGAGCCCAAAUUAUAAAAGCACAAAAUUGUAAUAAAAUGUGACAUUGACUUUAGGAUUGUGUGUAUUAGUGCUGCUACUAAAAGCUUUCUAUUAUCAAUUAAUAUGUUGAUGUUUUUAAUCAUUAAAUAUCAGAAAAUUGUGAAAAAUGCCAAAUAAAAACAGCAAAUACUCAAAUUUGAGCAGAUGUGUAGAUUGUUUUCUAGAUAAAUUAUUUUAAUGAUAAAUGAUUGUUGG